CCGUCGCUUCCCGGGGUCCCCGUCGACAGGCCCCGUGAGAUUAGCUCACCGACAUACGCGCGUUCUUCAUGUAUUACGCGGAUUCUUUGUGAUCUUCAUGAGGAAAAAUAUUCUGACACCUCGUAACAAGAGAUAAAGGGCCGCCAAGUUUAACCCAACUUUCUUCGCAAUCCCGCAAUGCGGUGCUGAAAAUAGGAGCCCCCAGCAACCAACCGGCGAUCGAUACCGAGUAGCGAAGCCAGGUUACUGACGCGCCGAGGCGAACUGUUGUUGAGAGACAAACUCCUCUGUCCAGAUCGGCCAGUGGCAGAAAUUGCGGUGGAUCAUGGACGCGAGUCCUCGCGCCUAUCGCCGUAAGGGACGGUGUUCAACAAAGGGACAUCCACGAGGUCUCGGGAGAUGUGGUACCGAUAAAUAUGGUAAAGGGAAUUGGACAUCUCAGAGAUCCCCGACUUAACAAGGGCCUGGCAUUCACUUUGAAAGAAAGGCUAGCUCUGGGGAUACACGGACUGCAACCUCCCAGAUUUAAGACGCAGGAGGAACAGCUGGCGUUGUGUAAAGCUUCGGUGAUGAAGUACACGGAGGAUUUGAAUCGAUAUUUGUAUCUCGUGGAGCUUCAAGAGAGGAACGAGAGAUUAUUUUUCCGUCUGUUGAGUGAAAACAUUGAACAGAUGAUGCCAAUUGUCUAUACGCCCACCGUUGGUCUGGCCUGCCAAAAAUUUGGCGUGAUCUAUCGCAGGCCUCGCGGCCUCUUUAUUACUAUAUAUGAUAAGGGUCAUAUCUACGAGAUCUUAAAUAACUGGCCGGAGCAAGCGGUGCGAGCCAUCUGCGUGACAGACGGCGAGCGGAUUUUGGGUCUCGGCGACCUCGGGGCAUGCGGCAUGGGUAUCCCCGUCGGAAAAUUAGCACUUUAUACAGCUCUGGCUGGCAUUAAACCACACCAAUGCCUACCGAUUACUAUUGAUGUGGGCACUAAUAAUGAACAGCUAAGGAACGAUCCUCAUUACAUCGGUCUGAACAAGCCUAGGAGCCAAGGUGCUGAGUAUGACGAAUUGAUCGAUGAAUUUAUGGCUGCCUGUGUACAAAAGUAUGGACAAAACGUUCUUAUUCAAUUCGAAGACUUCGGCAACCACAAUGCUUUCCGUUUUUUAGACAAAUACAGAAAUAAAUACUGUACGUUCAAUGAUGAUAUACAAGGUACGGCUGCGGUUGCGGUAGCUGGAAUCUUGGCAUCAAAGAGAAUAACUAAGAAGAGGAUGUCAGAUAAUAAAUUUGUCUUCCUAGGCGCCGGAGAGGCGGCUAUCGGAAUAGCUGAUCUCUGCGUGAAAGCAAUGGAGGCUGACGGUUGCACACAACAGCAAGCGCGUGAUAAUAUCUGGAUGAUGGACAUCGAUGGAUUGCUCGUAAAGAAUCGGCCCGAGGGUAAUCUAGAAGGCCACAAGAUCUGGUACGCGAAGGAUUACAAAGUGAUGAAAACGUUGCUCGAAGUCGUGAAGGCUAUCAAGCCUACCGUUUUGAUAGGCGCUUCGGCAGCAGCAGGGGCUUUCACUCCCGAGGUUCUCAGAGAGAUGGCGAAGAAUAACGAGAGACCGUUGAUCUUUGCUCUGAGUAAUCCAACCAGUAAAGCUGAAUGUACGGCGCAGCAAGCGUAUGAUUAUACCGAUGGUAGAUGCAUAUUCUCCUCUGGCUCGCCAUUUGGUGAAGUGACAUACAAAGGAAAGACAUUCAAGCCUGGACAAGGCAAUAACGCAUACAUCUUUCCCGGUGUCGCUUUGGGCGUUAUCGGCACCGGAGUGCAUCACAUCACCGAAGAUCUUUUCUUAAUCUCGGCACAGGUUGUUGCUGAUCAUGUGAAAGACGAGGAUCUCGAAAGGGGUAGUUUGUAUCCACCGUUGAAUACCAUUCGAGACUGCUCUAUCGACAUCGCGGUUAAGAUAGCCGAUUACGCUUACGCCAAAGGUGGUUUGGCGAGCGAAUAUCCGGAACCGAAAGACAAGCGACGAUUUAUCAUGAAUAAGAUGUACGAUGCCAACUAUGACAGUCCACUGCCAAAUUUAUACGAGUGGCCGGGUGAUUAUGCCAAGCCUCGUAUGUUACCGGAAAAAGACACAAUAGAAAUCCGCCAUGAUUUAAAACAGCUGUAAUGAAUUUCAUCGGCCGGGAGUAUAAAAUUGGAGGCUAUCAUUAUUGUCUUUAAAAAAUAUCGAUGUUUAUUCGACCUAUAACCAAUGUCACUCAUGGCAUACGCAAAUCUGCAGAACAGCUUGCAAAUCAUUUUAAUUGUAAGAGAAGUUACUUAUUUGCACGAAGUGUUAAUGUAGUAGAUGGCGGCAUGAUUGCUGGCAUUAAAUAGCUGACAAUGUUACUUAUGCUGCAAUAAGUUAACAGCGCAGCAUGUUUUCCUCUUCGUUUGUGUAUCAGUAUUAAAAAAAAAAGAUGAGUACUUCUAUAGGAGCAAUGGUUGAAAGUAUAUUAAUUAAGGAAAGUUUAUACUAUAUAGACGCAUUUUGUAAAAAAAAAACAUUGUAUUGUCUUACGUGUUUUUCAAUGUCGGAAAAAUGUAUGUAAAAAUGUCAGACGAUAUAUAAUUAACGGUUCCCCUUAUCAAAACCAAUGAUAAUUAGACUCUAGAAAUUUUGUGUCACGCAAGCUCUAUUAAAAAUUUAAUCGCGCGCGCGAUCAUAGAAUAUUAAAAAUAUAUAAUAUAUAUUUAGGUUUCCCGAUUUCUCAUUUAAGGCGAUCAUUAUCUAGAAGAGAUAUGAGAAUAUUCUCAAUUCUUAUCUUCUAUUUCUUUCUCCAAAGAAUUGUGACCAAUUGUUCUCAUCGAAAAAUAAUCUAUCUGAAAAUAGAUUUUCCAAAUCCCAAUAAAGAUCGUGACAUUUAUCUUUUGGGUCAAAGAUUUUUACUUUGCGAUAUAUCUUAUAGAUAAAAUAUUAAUAUUUUUUUUUGAAGUUUUAAAUAAAUAUGUGUGCAUCUAUAUCUAUACAAAUCAAAAAUAAAAUUUGUCAAAAGUCGGAAUUUCUUUGAUAUUAAUGAUAGAUUUGAUUGUGUAAACAUUUAUUUAGAUAAAGCAUUCUAAUAUUUGUAUGAGUGUAAUUUUUAAAACUUAGAAAUAGAAUAAGAUGUUGCAUAGAUGAGAUUAAAAAUGAUGACUACAGCUUUUGAUCCGUUUUGAAUAAUGUAUUUUUGAAUACUUUAUGAAAAUCAUAUGCAAUAUGCGGGUAUAAAAUAAUAAUAAAUUAAAUGGGUGUAAGUUAAAAUAUUAAAUGAUGAUGUUCGUUCGAAAUGUUUAUCUCUGGACAUUCUCUUGUGUGUUGAUUUGAGAACAAAAAUAUAAGUUUCAUAACAAGAUUUUUUUUCUUUAAAAAGAAUCUAUUGCAUUUUUAUAACAUAAUAAAAUAUUUUUGUUAGAUUAAUUUUGCUAAUAGAUUUUGCUCUAAAUAUUUCAUAAUCAUUAUUAUUCUGCUUGAAAUUGCUGUCUUAGGUGCAAUAUUUCACGGUCGCGAUAGAACAUGCUUCAUUAUUUGGGAGACAAUAUUAAAUUUGUACACACAUUCUAAUAUCAUUAAAGUUUAUCCAAGCGAUUAAAACUACGUCUCUUUUCGAAAAAAUAAAUUAUUAUUAUAUUUAUUUGCAGUUUUUUAAAUCAUUUUUAUCUCUCCGUAAAUAAUUAUUUAUACGAAUAUUAUUUAUUUACACAUAGCGCUUGGUUAAACUUAUGAAACUCUCCAUUAUUUUGGGUGACUAACGGUGACUUCUUUCUUAACAGAUUAUAACAAGUUGGCAAAUCUAAACGCGAGGUGACUACUUUGACAUAUAUUUUAAUUUAAUUUUUUUUAGUCACAAAAAAAAUAAACGUCAAUAUCGUUGCGAGUGGUUACAUGACUAUUAUAUAUACUCUUUAAUAUUAAGAAAUUGCAACUUAUUAUUGAUGGUAUUAUGUUUGACGUGAUUCUUAUGUUUAAAUAAUCUCAAGUGUAUUUAUAUUUAUUUAAUAUAAUAUUUAAUGAUGUAGUGAUGUUGGAUACUGGAUACAACGCAGCAGAAUUUUAUAUAUAUAUGCUCGAGUAUAUAAUGUAUACAAACAACUAUUCACUAACUUUGACAUGGAUUGUCAAAUAUUCCAAAAUAGAUUAUUUAUUUUUUUAAAACCUUCAUUUUCAAAAUGAUUAGAAAAGUAUCUCUAAUAACGUAGUACCACUAUACAUAUAUAAAAUACAUGAAAUACAGACAUAAAAUACAUCAUACACUCUCUUAUUUUGUAUGGGAGUUAUAGUUAAUGAAUAGUUGUCCUCCCCUCAUUAGAGAAUUAUUCGAUAUAUCAGAGAUGGUACAUGAGAUUACUCUCUCUUCUUUAUACAUUUUUUUUCAUAUAAUGUAAAAUGAAUAAAUCAUAUGGAACAGUUACUUAUUUCACUAACAUCAAAUAAGUUGCACAGAAAUAUCAGAGAAAUUGUUAUGAUAUUAUUAUAUAUAAAAAUAUUGUAAUAUCCAUAUUUUUUGUAUUCUAUAGUGACAUGCAUUCUUAUAUUUUAUAGACAAGAAUGCUAUACAAAUUUAUCACAAAUGAAAUUUUCGUCGAAAAAAUUAUAUGUUCUGUGGAAUGCAAGUAUUUAUCGACAGUAUAUACAUAGACUUUGAUUACUGCCACAAAAUAAAGUUUUUGAAAUUGUGCAAUUUCUACAUAGGAAAAUGUAUUAUGCUGCCAUGAAUAAGUAUCUUGAAUAUCACAGGAGAAAUAGAUUUCAUCAAAUCGCAAAAAUAUAUAUAUUUAUGAACUACUACUAAGUCUAAAUUAUAAUGUUAUAAGAUUAUGAGAAUAAAUGUUAAAUUCUGGUCGUUAUUUUA